UUGCUAUUUUUUAAGCUUUUCACAGGCAUGGUAGAAAGUGAAGAGGUCAAUUGGAAACAAUCUAGUUAGGUUUUGUUCUCAUCAUUUUCCGCAAGCAGUUUUUCAUUUCAACAUGCAAUGGCGUAAUUUCGUCAUACAAUAUUUUGAUUGAUUGCAUAUCAAACUCAAUACAGAAGACAAAAAGAGAUCCAGGCGAUCGGGCAUAGUGGAUGAUCUGAUUUGGAAAGUGGGCUUUAUGAAAGUAGAUCUGAAAACAAUGGCUUCUGAGGGCACAACUACAAAUCCAGGGUAUUAUAGGCCACAGAACAUUCUUAUCACUGGGGCUGCUGGAUUCAUUGCAUCCCAUGUAGCAAACAGACUGACGAGAAAAUACCCUCAGUACAAGAUUGUUGUGUUAGAUAAAUUGGACUACUGUUCAAACCUCAAGAAUCUCUUGCCGUCAAAGUCAUCUCCCAACUUCAAAUUUGUAAGGGGUGAUAUUGCAAGCGCAGAUUUGGUGAAUUAUCUUCUAAUUACGGAGGGCAUUGACACUAUCAUGCAUUUCGCAGCACAAACCCAUGUUGACAAUUCCUUUGGAAACAGCUUCGAGUUCACAAAGAACAAUAUCUAUGGGACUCAUGUUCUGUUAGAGGCCUGCAAGGUCACUGGACAAAUCAGGAGAUUCAUUCAUGUCAGCACGGAUGAGGUGUAUGGAGAGACUGAGCAGGAUGCCAUUGUGGGAAACCAUGAGGCUUCUCAACUUCUUCCCACAAAUCCUUACUCUGCAACCAAGGCUGGUGCAGAAAUGCUUGUCAUGGCCUAUGGAAGAUCUUAUGGCUUACCGGUGAUUACAACCAGAGGUAAUAAUGUUUAUGGACCUAAUCAGUUUCCUGAGAAGCUCAUUCCAAAAUUCAUUCUUUUAGCGUUGCAGGGGAAGCCUCUUCCCAUACAUGGAGAUGGAUCCAAUGUUCGAAGCUAUCUCUAUUGUGAGGAUGUAGCAGAAGCUUUUGAGGUUGUUUUGCACAGGGGUGGUGUGGGGCAUGUAUAUAACGUUGGGACAAAGAAGGAGAGGAGAGUUAUUGAUGUGGCUAAGGAUAUAUGCAAGCUGUUUUCCCUUGAUCAUGAGAAGGUCAUUAAAUUUGUUGAGAAUAGACCUUUUAAUGAUCAGAGAUACUUCCUGGAUGAUCAGAAACUCAAGGAUUUGGGCUGGUCUGAGCACACAACAUGGGAAGAUGGACUUAAGAAAACCAUGGAAUGGUACAUAAAUCAUCCAGAUUGGUGGGGUGACAUUUCUGGUGCUUUGCUGCCACACCCUCGAAUGCUCACAAUGGCUGGAGUAGAGAGACUAGAAGACAAUGGUUCAGCUAAUUCACUGAGGGCCAGUGAUUCAAAACAGGACCGGAUGCUUGUUCCCUCAAGGAGUUUCUCUCAGAAACCAGCCCUGAAAUUUUUGAUUUAUGGUUGCAAUGGAUGGAUUGGAGGUCUUCUUGGACAGAUAUGUGAAAAGAAGGGUAUUCCGUUUGAGUAUGCAAGUGGCAGAUUGGAAAACAGAUCUCAGCUACAAAUGGAUAUUCAGAAAACAAAACCCACUCAUGUCUUCAAUGCUGCAGGUGUGACUGGCAGGCCUAACGUCGACUGGUGUGAAUCUCACAAACCAGAGACUAUUCGAACCAAUGUAAUGGGAACUUUGAAUUUGGCAGACGUAUGUAGAGAACAAGGGCUUUUACUCAUGAACUUUGCUACUGGCUGUAUAUUUGAAUAUGAUGCUAAUCAUCCAGUGGAAAGUGGUAUUGGAUUCAGGGAAGAAGACAAGCCAAACUUCAUUGGCUCUUUCUAUUCUAAGACGAAGGCCAUGGUUGAAGAGCUACUAAAUGAAUAUGAAAAUGUCUGCACUCUUCGAGUUCGGAUGCCUAUCUCAUCUGAUUUGAACAAUGCUCGCAAUUUCAUUACAAAAAUUACCCGGUACAAUAGGGUAGUUAAUAUACCAAACAGCAUGACAGUCCUUGAUGAGUUGUUGCCAAUUUCAGUUGAGAUGGCAAAAAGAAAUUGCAGAGGCAUAUGGAAUUUUACCAAUCCUGGUGUUAUCAGCCAUAAUGAGAUUUUGGAGAUGUACAGGGACUAUAUUGAUCCCAGUUUUAAGUGGGUAAACUUUACCCUGGAAGAACAAGCCAAAGUGAUUGUUGCCCCUAGGAGUAACAAUGAACUUGAUGCUUCCAAAUUGAAGGCGGAAUUCUCACAGUUGCUGUCAAUCAAGGAAUCACUGUUGAAGUAUGUAUUUGAACCUAACAGGAAGGACAAAAUGCAAACAGAGAAUGGAUUUUAGCCUGUAAACAGUAAUGCUCGCAUAUGUAGUCACCAUAUUCUAAGAGUAGAAGUUACUGCACAGAUUUACAAUCCAUUUAUCAGGCCAGAGCUUUUCUUGUCCUCACUGUAUUCCUUAUGAUUUUUUUAUAGGAAUAUCAUACACUAUUAGUUGUGUGGAUACUCUUCACCACAAAGUCUCACUUAAUUUGCAAUUUAUUUAACCUUGCUAAUGUAUAGGGAAAUCCCACAAAGCUCUUUUUGGUCAUUAUUUGGCUUAGAAUUCCGUUAGUGAUAAAAAGGUAUAUUGAGGAGUAUUAUAAUAUUGUAAUUUGGGCAUAGCUCCAAUAAUAUCUAUUAUCUAUUACUUUGCAA